AUGUGCGGAGAUGUAUUGAAGUACUCGAAGAAAAACAGAAACCAUUUGGACAUGAGACACCGUUUGGACUCUAAAGGUCAGCGACAAGGGAAGCUAAUAGAUUACAGAGUCAGCGAGUUGAGAGUAGUUGAACUUCUUGAUGGGCUCUGUGAAAACAUGCAGGAUUAUACUCUGGAGAAGGUGGAUUCAAGCAGACAAUGGAUCAAGGUUAAGGACUGGGAUAACCUUAAGACUAAUAAACAAGAAGCUCGUGCAUAUUCAAAAGACAUUUCAUCUUUCUGUGGAAGGUUACUGGAAGAAACUGAAGAUGAGCUUUCAGAGAGGAUAAAGAAAGGAUCUGUUAACGCCGGAGAAGUAAGCAGGGUCCUAUGCCAAGACAUCGGCAGAUAUUGUAGUCAGACAAGUGGCAAUAGGGAAACAGUGGAAGAUGAAACCAGCAACGAAGAACUCUAGGAACUGCGUGAGGUGGCUCUGCGAAACCGGGCGUUUUGGUAGAAAAACUGAGGCUUCAGAGGUUGUGAAUUUCUCACCUCCAAAAUGCCUUGUUUUACUUUGGUGGUGUUCAGAAUUCAUGAGAUCAAAUUUAACUGUCACUUACACUUACACUUACACUGCACUUGAAAAGAAAAAUAUUAUCAUUAUCUUUCUUAUCUCCCA